CGGUUUACGAUACAUGGGCAAUGCCUGUCUUCUUUGUCGAUUUUAUAAACCAUUAAGGGAAACAUUACACAAUUAUACUGUUUUGGACUAUCUAUUAAGCUGCAGCGGGUUCGCUGUAAGUGAAGCCAAACAUGGAUAUCCCCAAUUCCCCCGAAGAUCAAGAACUGAAGAAUGUAAUAGACAAGCUGGCCCAGUUUGUCGCUCGUAAUGGGCCAGAGUUUGAGAAGAUGACAAUGGAGAAACAGAAGGACAACCCCAAGUUCUCCUUCCUCUUUGGGGGAGACUACUUCAGCUACUACAAGUGCAAGCUUGCAAUCGAGCAUCAGCAGCAUCCCUCUACCCACGAUGGGGAGGAAUAUACAUCUGAAGGUAUUUAUUUGGAACCAGAUGUGCCAGACAAAUUCAGAGUUCUAUUCGAGAUGUACCAAGGCUCCAAAGACGUGGUUGAUAUCCUUCCGCCACCAAUGGCAAUGAUUGCCCCGCUUCCGAAUCCUCCACCUGCUGCACCUUCAAUGGAGGACCUAAUCCAACAGAGCCAAUGGAAUCUGCAGCAGCAGGAGCAGCAUAUGCACACACUCAGACAGGAACAAGUGACUGCAGCCAUUGCUCUGGCUAUGGAGCAGCAGACCCAGAAACUGCUGCUUGAAACCCAGUUGGACAUCACAGAGUUUGAUAACCUGCUGCAGCCCAUCAUAGACACCUGCACCAAAGACGCCAUCUCUGGUGGUAAAAACUGGAUGUUCAACAACGCCAAGACUCCGCAGCACUGUGAACUGAUGACAUCACAUCUCCGCAACCGCAUCACUGCCGAUGGAGCGCAUUUUGAGCUCUGCCUGCAUCUCAUCUAUUUAACCAAUGACGUUCUCCAUCACUGCCAGCGGAAGCAGCAGAAGGAUUUGUUGGCAGCGCUGCAGAAAGUCGUGGUUCCCAUCUACUGCACCAGCUUUCUGGCUGUAGAGGAAGACAAGCAGCAGAAGAUCACCAGGGUAAACAUCAAGCACAUGGACAGCUUUGUGUCCAUUUUUAACAACUAAGAACCUUAACAGAUUGCAGGAGUUUUUAUUAU